CACCAUUGUCAAUGUUUCAGGGUUUAUGAAUGGCUAGGUCAUGUCCUUUUCACUUUUUCAAACAUAGCGCUGCUACGGUGGCUCAUACAUGACCCGUCGGAUACACAAAUCUACUACCAUGUACAGCCUCGCACAAGCUUCGGUAGAGCCCCGCGGCGCCCGAUGAUUUGGUAUGCUCCCAAAGAAUGCGAAGGCAUCACACGCGACUUUAACUGACUCGAAUAUUUAUCUUCAUUGCUUUUCCCUUUCGUGGUUGAGCACUUAUAGCAUGAAAUUAGCGGACUCAACAGUACAAAGUCAAGCAUUUUCUCCUCGGUGGAUUCCGGAACUCAUUAAAUAACAUCACACUCUCUUUUGAAAAUCAAAUGGCAGCCAUGGGAUCCAACAAUAAUAACUUGUUCGAGCUUCCCGUUAAUGAAGACCCUCGCCCUACAGGAUACGAGUGCAAGAAUACUCACUUUUCUCCACCACCACCAUAUUCCGCCAACAGUACAUCGACCCAAGAACAAUCCACAGAGAUGCAAAUAAACCGCAAGUCGGGUUUUGCCAAUCGUCUUCACGUCCUCAGUGCCAAGAUUGCUGGUCCCGUGAAUGGCUUCGCGAACAAGCUCGGAUGCGAGGCAUUCAUGCCUACCACUCUAGACAAAGAGUGCGACAAAGCAUCACGCAUACUAACAUCUUUCUGUGACGGAACACCACUUUCAACCACUUCGCCAAACGACUCAUUAUCAAGACGAAAGGCAAUAGUCAGAAUUCCUCGACAAGUCCUCAAGUCCGCGGCAGGUCUCGCCAUCUUCACCGCAUUCCGGUCUGGGGCGCAGUUUUCCUGGGGCAGCGGUUCUGGCGUUGUUGUAGCGCGGCGGCCUGAUGGGUCGUGGUCGCCGCCAUCUUCCUUUGCCGUCAACACCCUCAGCGUUGGCUUCAUGGUUGCCAUGGAUAUAUACGACUGCGUAUGUGUUCUGCGAACCCCCGAAGCCGUAGCCGCAUUCACCAAACCAAGAGUCUCCUUCGGUGGCGAGGUCGCUGUUACCGCUGGGCCGGUUGGUACGGGCGUGUAUGUUGAUUCGACGGUUAACAGCAACGGGGUCGACGAGCCUAUAUGGAGCUAUGUGAAGAGUAGGGGCUUGUAUGUUGGGGCGCAGAUUGAUGGGACUGUAAUCACGACGAGAGACAAGGCAAACGAGGAUUUUUAUGGAGUGAAAGUUCCUGUUACUUCUAUCCUAGGGGGCGAGGUUCCAGCUAAAGGACCUAUGUGGCCGGAAGGAUAUUGGAGGUUGAAUAAUGUGUUACGAGAAAUAGACUAUGGCAGAUGAAGGCGCUAGAUCUGUGUGUUUUGUUUUUAUCAGCACUUACUCUACAUAAUGCACUUUAAACCUUAAAUUUACAGGGGUCGAUCUCGUUCAAAUGCCGAACCAUCC